AGGGACUCUUGUAUGCUCAUCCAGCCAACAGUUAUAAGUGUCACCCUCACACAUGAACAGAGACCUCUGGUGAGGUCCUGACACAGUCCACAGUUGGAAAUUUGACUGUCAUGUACACAUCUAGUCACAGGAGUGAUGGUAGUUCACAGGCACAGCGAUGACUCUCAUUACUGGACCCAGCCAAUUAAAAACAAGCAAACCCAAAAACAUGCUGACCCUUAUAGUUAGGCUUAAGAAAACUGCUAGUGUCCUGGGUCUCCUACCUGUGUGAAAGUCACCGCAGAUUAUUAAACUUAUGCAUGUUGUAUAGUGCCCCCUGGUGGUUCAGAGUUUUACACAGGGUGAAUUUAUGACUGAUAUGCAGGCAGAGCUAACAGUAUUGUCACAUUGGUGCAGAGCCCAGUAAUACAAAGCAAUCAUGUUUUAGGCAGAGCCCUAGGAGCAGAAAAGAGUCACAUUGCCGAGGUGCUGGGUCGAGCAAUGUGUCACCACACCCCUUGAGAAAAAAGCACAGGUAAGAUAGUCACAUCAACUAGGUGAAAGACCCCAGCAAUAUUUCACAAUCUUCUCUGGAGUCAGAAACUGGAUAAUAGAGGAGUGACAUCAGCUUGGUACUGGGCCCAGUGAAAUGUCAUGUUGGGCAUAAGUCCAUGAGUCAUGAUCUCAAUGGUGUGCUGGAUCCAUGCACGACAGCAUCAAUCUGCCCUGUGCACUGCCUUCUUAGCAGAGUGACAGCCUCACAGGUUUGCUGAAUGUUGGUUGGAGAGUCAGAAACCCAAAUGUGAGGACAAUCUGCAUAUGAGAGUCAAUCAUGGCUUUGGGUGGGAGACUCAGAACCUCCACAGUCGGCUGUGUUCAUGUGAGAUGAGUCUAUACUGCUGGCUGGGUGUGCCUAUCUGUGUCACAAUCUCAGCUGUGUGCAGUGCUCAGGCAGAAAAGAGAGUCAAAUCACCUAGGUGAAUAAUUGAGAAAUUUUACUCUCUUUCAUUAACCUCUUCUAUACCUCUAUCGGCAAAGCCAAUGGAGGAGAGUUGCAUCCCUUAUGUUUUAGACACAGCUAUAGGUCACACUACACAAUGUAUGCAGGGCCCAGGAAGUAGAGGGAAGUCAAGUAACCUAGGUGCUGGACCCAGUGAUACAUCACAACACCUCCUUGGAGAGAGCCCAAGCAGUAGAGGAGAGUCACAUCAUCUCAGUGCUGAGUGGAUGGCUCACUCAUGAAAGUCACGCCACCUAGGUGAGGGACUCAAACAUCUGUUGCAAUGCCCCCUUGUGGGUAGGGCUCAGAAGGAAAAAAAAAGGCACAUAACUUAGGGGUUGGGCCCAGCUUCAAGUCACAAUCAUUCCAGUUGAAAGAGACAGGACAUGAGAGGUGUGAUGCAUCUCAUAGAUGCGGGGCCCAGUAAUAUGUCACAUUCCUCAUGUGGAUGGGUCCUAUGAAUAAGAGAAGAGUCACAUCAUCUAGAUGAUGGGCCCAGAGAAAUGUCCCCAUGCCCCCUGUCACCUGUGUGCUGGGGCCAGUCAUAAGUAACUGCCUUUGUUGUUGUUGUUGUUUGUUUGUUUGUUUUUAAUGAGACAGAGUCUUGCUCUGUCACCAGGCUGGAGCACAGUGGCUCAAUCUUUGCUCCAUGCCACCUCCACCCUCCUGGGUUCAAGAGAUUCUCACACCUCAGCCUCCCAAGUAGCUGGAGCAAUAGGCAAUUGCCACCACACCCAGCUAAGUUUUGCAUUUUUCGUAGAGAAGGGCUUUCACCAUGUUGACCAGGAUGGUCUUUAUCUAUUGACCUUGAGAUCUGCCCACCUCAGCCUUCCAGAGUGCUGGGAUUACAGGCGUGAGCCACCACACCUGGCAGUAACUGCCUUCUGUAGGCAUGGCCAGGCAAGAGAGGACAAUCACAUCACCUCGCUGCUGGUCCUAGAGAUAUGCUACAAUCUAUUCUAUGGGCACAGUUCAGGUAAGAAAGGAGGAAAGUCACAUUAUCUAGGUGAUUGGCUCAGAGCUAUGUCGCAAUGCCCCUACAAGGCAGAAUCCAGGCAGGAAACUCAAAUCACCUUGGUGCCAAACACAGCAAUAUGUCACAAUCUCCCCUGUAGGCAGAACCUGAGGAAAAGAGUCACAUCAAUUAGAUGUUGGCCCACUGAGAAGCCGUAAUCUUCCCUGUGGGCAGCAAAGAGGCAGUAGAAGAGGUUCACAUUACCUGUGUGAUUGGCACAGAGAUAUGUCAAAAUGCUUUCUGCGGGCAGGCCCCAGGCAGCUUAUGGCUGGCUUUGGGUAGGACACUCAACCUCAACAGUGGGCUGUGUCAUGUGGGAUGAUGACAGUCCAUACUGCUGUCUGGGUGUGUGUAUCAGUGUCACAAUCUCAGCUGUGUGCAGUGCUCAGGCAGAAAAGGAGAGUCAAAUCAUCUAGAUGAAUAAUUAAGAAAUAUUAUUCUCAUACCAAAAUUAUGUCACAAUGACCCAUACAAUCUGGGCACAGGUAGAAGAGACAUAUAACCUGAGUGCUGAGUGCAGGGUCUAGAAAUAUGUGCUCAUGUAGGCAGGGCCAAGGCAGAAGAAGAGUAACAUCACACAGGUUCUGGGUCUAGUGGUAUGUCACAAUUUCAUCUGUGGGCUGGGUUCAGGUGGGAGACUCAAAUCAUGCUGGGUCCUGGGCACAUGAUAUGUCACAAUCACACCUGUAGAAAGAUUCAGGGAUGAGAUGAACAAUCCUGCACAUAUCCCAGUUUUAGGUAUUAGAGUCAACACUUCCUGAAUGUUGGGUCCAGCUACUUGAGGCACAAUCUCAUCAGUGAACCGGAUCAUCAGAGUCUCAAUUUCUAUUGCAGACUGUGUUUGCUUAGUGAAGUCCCAGCCUCUCUGGAGUGCUGAAUUCUGGUCUAAGAGUCACCAAUCCACAUUGGACCACAUAUAUGUACAAGAGCCUUUUAAAAAAAAAGUCUUCUGACUGCCUCUGGGUGUGAGAUUCAGAUCUCAACAGUGCACUGUGUUGAUGUAGGAGGUUGAUCAUCUUUACUCUCAGCUUUGUGUUCAUAUGAGUGUCACAAUCUCACGUGUCUGCCGGGUCCUGUAAAAACAUUCUCUGUGCCAACUGAUGGCAUUAUACAGUGUGCAUUAGUGUCACAAUUCAUGCUCAGAAAUUCAUGCUGGAAUGGAUCAAUGAUGGUACCUGUAGCCCUAAGCCAAGAUUUGGGAGUCAACGUAACUCCAGCUAGCUUGGUCCAGAUAGGAGAGUCCUGCCUAUGAGUGGAUUUAGAAAUGAGUUACCAGACUGCCAAGCCGGGCAUCAGGGAGAUGACCGAGACCGACCCCAAGACCAUGCAGGACUUCACCUUGGUGGUGCAGACACUCCUGCAGCAGAUGCAAGGGAAACUUCAGACCCUGUCUGACCAGAUCAUCGGGAGAAUUAAUAAUACGGGUAGUCACAUUGACAAUCUAAAGAAGAACAUCGCAGACCUCAUGACACAGGCUGGGGUGAAAGAACUGGAAGGUGAAAACAAGAUACCUGCCACACAAAAGAGUUGAAGCUUGAUAAUAAUUUGUACUAAAAUUUUGAGCUCCAUUUUUCCAAGCCAAGAAAGAUUGAAGAAAUUUUUCAGCUAACUACAAUGGCAGACAGGUUUAUAUUAUAAAGUAUGCAUUCCUAUCACAUAAU